AUGCGCUUCUUUUCGCUGAGCUCUAUACUGUUCAGCAUUGCGUUAGCUAGCGCAGUGGUACAUCAUCCGUCUUCCUACGAACAUGAGAACCACAGAGUGGUCAACUUUGUCCAUCCGGGUGCACUCCACUCCUCCACCGAUAUCGAGAGAAUCAAGCUGCGGGUGAAUAACAAAGAUGAGCCCUGGUAUACCGCCUAUCAACACUUGUCAACUGGUACUCUAGCCCAAGCGACCUGGAAGCCGACCCCUCAAACCGUCCUCGUUCGAGGAGCCCCAGAUCCUAGCACCAACCUCACCCAAAACUACGGCUACGCUUACCGUGACGCACACUCGGCGUACCAGCUCACGUUGCGUUGGCUGAUCACCACCAACACGACAUUCGCCGACGCUGCGGUCAAGAUCUUGAAUGCUUGGGGCAGCACGUUGACAUCGAUCAACGGAAAUGAAGAUCGGAUGCUUGCUGCUGGCCUGUAUGGUUAUCAAUUCGCCAAUGCUGCCGAGCUGUUACGCAUCUAUCCAGGCUGGCAUAAGGACGACCAAGAUGUUUUUGCGAAGAUGCUCACGACCGUUUUUGUUCCCAACAACUAUCUCUUUCUCACCGAACACAACGGCAAGCCUGAUUUCUACUAUGCGAAUUGGGAUUUGUGCAAUAUCGCUUCUCUCAUGGCAAUAGGUAUCUACACUGACAACUCCACCAUGUACAAUUGGGCUGUCGACCUUUUCUUGAAUGGACUGCCGGAUCCAAGUAUCGUUGUCAACGGAGCACUGCCUUACUUUUCCAUCGCGAAUUUCACCGAGUCAGGGAGCAAGAAGACUUUGAUGGAGAUUCAAGAAAGCGGCAGAGAUCAGGGCCACGCUACACUUUGUGUAGCACUCUUGGGCGUUAUUGGCCAACAGGGAGGCAAUCAAGGCAUCGAUUUGUAUGGGGCCUUUAGGAAUCAAAUCCUCAAUGGGUACGUGCUCUUGCCCCCUCCUAUGACUCGCUAUUUCGGAGGACGAGUAGAAGUGAGUCCUAAUAUGGCAUCGUAG